AAGCAUUGAAUGAUUGAUCUGGAGUUAUUCCAGUUCAGUUGAUGCAUUGUUUUGUGAUACCUUUUUCUUUUCUUUUUUGUCUUUUUUAACGAUUUCUUUUGUUUCUUUUCUGAUGUGUCCAUUUCCCCCUGUUGCACUGUUUCCUGAUCAUAGAUCUGACUUGGCCAAAAGUCUUGCAUGCUGUGUCUUCCAGAAGCACAGCCUUGUCUUUUUCUUCAAGGGCGUUCUUGCACACCUACUCAUCAACCACAUACUUUGUGUGUCUGCAUAUACGUUUAUGUUGCUUGUUGGUGCAUGGCUCUCCCUUACAAAGGUUGGAGACAAGUAUCUGUAUUAUUUCUUUCGUGUAUUCUUCCCAGGCCUUGACGCAUUUGUGAGGGCUUUUCUCUUCACCCACCAUGACUUUGAUAUUACUAUACUAAUUCUAUUCUUGUUGGUUUCAUCACGUUCAUGAAUAUCAGCAACAAUACAAACCAUUGAUGUACAAUUAUCCCAUUGAAUUUCGUAAAUCUUGACACUCUAAAUAGCUUCGAGGGUUUCUGCUUAGAUUGCAAAAGAGUUGAUAUAGUACUACUGU